CAUAUAAGGCAGAGAAAAAUGAAACUGAACUGGAUGACAACCAAAUAAAAGUGAAAAUGCAGUCUAAUGACAGUAAGAAAAAAAUAGACAUGGCGAUUCAUAGACUUGAAAGCAUGCAAGAGGUGAUGGUGAGAUACGCUAAGUUACGUGAAAUCCCUCUGGAAAAAAUGGUGUUUGAGUUCGAUGGAGAGAAAAUUGAAGGCACGGAAACGGCAGAAGACCUUGAAAUGGAAAGUGGAAGUUGCAUAGAUGUUAAAAUAACUGUAGACAAGCCAAAGAACAAUGACAUUAAAGCAACAGAAAAAAUGAGCAAUAAAGUGACUCUUGUAGAUCUAGAUGAUGACUCGAACUCUUUAGAAGGAAAUAUGCAAGUCAUAGACAUUUUAUAGUACAAUAGUACUGCUUUUAAUACUUUGCGUUUUCUAACUUCCAGAGUCAAAUGUAUGUGUUGUGAACUGCAAUAAUUUACAAAAAAUUGUGUUAUUUCACCUUGAAAUAAUUUGAAUCAAUCUCAUAAAUGUGCUGCUCAAACUUGAAUCAACAUUUUUGUGGUUCAGAUUUGAAUGGCACAUUUAUGAUAGUGGCAGGUACAAAUAUUGAGUGGAAAGAAACUUUUCAAUUUUAAAAUGAAAAUGUGGAAGUAAAGGAAGCAAGACUUUUUUUUAAAUCCUAGGCUGUAGUUUUGUUGCUGUUCUAUUAGUUAAAUGUAAAUUCUUCAAGAUAAUAUAUAAUUUCUUUAAAAUAAGCUAACAAAUCAUUAUCAGCAAGUGUGUUUUUUCAGUCUUUUACUUAUAAUUUAAAACAAUGGUGCUCAACCAACGUCCCAUGGGCCACAUGCAGCCUGCAAAACUAACCCUUGUGGCCCAUUAUGUUCAACGCAACAAAUUGAAAACCGGGGUUUGUCAUAAUUUGUCAAAUAGUCAGAUUUUGAGUUCUGG